CGCUUGAUUCACGUUGCAGAUAAUCGAUAACGCCUUCCUUAUAGUACCACAGUUCACUGAUCGAUUUGCCAUAGCCUGCCCACAGACUUUGCGAGAACAUGGCUGACACGAACAACUCCUUUGUGAUUCCAAAUGCCAUGAUACAUGUGAUUGAUCCAGAACGGGACAAUACUUUCCGUGCUCUAGCAGCUACCAGUGGAUACCUCAAAGCGCAGAGUCGGAACAAAAUUCUCUUGAAAUGUACACAAUGUGAAACGGAAAUGGAGAAACCUCGGAAAUGCUCAAAGUGCAGGAGUGUUUUGUAUUGCUCAACAGAGUGCCAAAAGAAAAACUGGCCCACCCACAAACGGAUAUGUCACGAAGUCGAACAUUCCUCGGGAGUGCUCAAACUCGUUCGGAUGUUCAGUGUAAAUCCAUUGCUCAUGAUGUACCUCAAAGUUGCUAUCGUUCUCGACUGUAACCUGCUCAACAAUCCCCGGAUCGGAUUCGAGGUGCCGUUCGUGGCACAUGUUGAUAUUGCCUUAGAGCCAAGUGACAUUUUUGACUUCGUUGGAUUGUAUUUCGAUGACAAGGUUGUUCGGGAUAAACUCCAAGGGAUGGUGCAAGUCAACGCCAUGACUCCGUGGUACACGGGUAUGCAGGGUGCGCGCCCCCUCACACCGCAGCGAAUGAACCAAUGGCGCGAGGUCCGAGCAAGGCAUAAUGCAGAUGGUUACACCAAAGAUCCUGUUGGACUCUUAGAUUUCUCCUCUGCGGGGAUCUCGAGGAACGAUAGAAGAGUAACUUACGCAGUAAGUGUGGGGUGUCAUAUAUCCCCUGUCAUCCUUGAGAUGGCGAUGGAACGUGAGCCCUUCGUACGUGUCUGUCCACUAGCAGGCACUCGGUUCAAGCAACCCAUGAACGCUGAGACAUGUCUAGAGUAUAUUAAUAUACAUAUUCGGGCGGAUACGCAGAACCAGUUGCGUUUACGGACCGAGAUGACAGAGCAAGACAAAGAAGUUAUUCAGGCAGCAGGUCGCGACGAGGACGAAGUCUCCGCUCAUGUCCUCAAAGAGAAGAUGGAAAGAGAAAUCAUGUAUAAUAAUAUCGUUAGACAGGGCAAAGGCGCUCGCGGCCCAGACUCAGAGACACCUCGAGCAAGGCAAAGGAUGAGACCUCGACGUAGUCCCUGCCCUUGUUGCGGGACUUGGGGCUGCAAGGGCCUUGCAGCCCCCAUCGCUCAGCCUAAAGUUCGUUUGUGCAUGUGGGAUUGCAAAAAGGGAGAGUGAGUCUAAUGGUUCAAUAGACAGCAUGCAAGUUUGCUGGCAGGCCAGAAGCUAGAAGAAAAGAAAAUACUUUCAUAAGAGCAGGCUUCUCUCCUCCGCCCGUCACACUUGAAUUCAAGUUAGCAUUGUACUAUACUGUAUUACAUAUAGGGACCUUACUUCGGCUGGAUCUGUUGAAAUUUCACAUCAUUUUGAACUUUGAA